UUAGGAAAUUCUCUGUGUAGAGAAGAUUCCAGACGUUCGCGUGUAUGUGUUGAACAGGAGAAACCCAGGCCGAUGAGAAAAGAGUCUUUAUUCCAUCACACAUUUAAUCUUGUCUGUGGUCAUCAUGGUGAAGGAGACGGGUUUUUACGACGUCCUGGGUGUGAAGCCCAACGCCAGUCCUGAUGAGCUGAAGAAAGCUUAUCGCAAACUGGCCUUGAAAUACCAUCCAGACAAAAACCCUACAGAGGGGGAGAAGUUUAAACAGAUCUCUCAGGCGUACGAGGUGCUGUCUGACGCUCAGAAGAGAGAAGUGUACGAUCGAGGAGGAGAGGCAGCCAUUAAGGAGGGUGGGAAUGGAGGCGGAGGAGGCGGCUUCAGCUCCCCCAUGGACAUUUUUGACAUGUUUUUUGGAGGAGGAGGCCGCAUGCGCCGAGAGAGGAGAGGGAAGAAUAUCGUACAUCAGCUGACGGUGUCUUUGGAGGAUCUGUACAAUGGAGCCACCAGGAAACUGGCUGUGCAGAAAAAUGUCAUCUGUGAGAGAUGUGAAGGCCGUGGAGGGCGCAAAGGUGCAGUGGAGAUGUGUCCGUCCUGCAGGGGGACAGGAGUCCAGGUGAGGCUGCAGCAGUUACUCCCCGGCAUGGUGCAGCAGAUCUCCACCGUCUGUGGCAGCUGCAGAGGUCAAGGCCAACGCCUGAGCCACCGUGACCGGUGUAAAGCUUGCAGUGGACGGAAAAUCCUGCGCCAGAAAAAGAUCCUGGAGGUGCACAUUGAUAAAGGUAUGAAAGAUGGACAGAAGAUUGUUUUCCACGGGGAAGGAGAUCAGGAACCAGGACUAGAACCUGGAGACAUCAUUAUCGUCUUAGAGCAGAAGGCACAUCCAGUCUUCACGAGACAAGCCAUUGAUCUGAUUAUGACCAUGGAAAUUCAGCUCGUAGAGUCGCUGUGUGGUUUCCAGAAACCUGUCCAAACGCUGGACAACAGAACUCUGCUCAUCACCUCACACCCAGGUGAGUUGAUCAGACCAGGUGAUAAGAAGUGUGUUCUGAACGAGGGGAUGCCUUUGCACCGUCGCCCCUUUGAGAAAGGCAGACUCGUCAUCUUCUUUAACGUUGUCUUCCCUGAGGCUAACUUCCUCCCUGUAAACAAGCUGAAGCAGCUGGAGCAGUAUUUUCCUUCCACACGAGAGAAAAGCGAUCCUGACAGCAUGGACGACGACCUCUAUAUCUACGCCGACCUUGAGGACUGUGAUCUGACCCACGAGCGACACCGUCACCACUACAUCGAGGAGGAGGAGGAGGACUUUCACCCAGGGGGAGGGGUACAGUGCCAAACCUCAUAGAGCUUCCUUCCACUGCUCGUCGCAUCGACCCCACACUUUUUAGAUGAAGCUCCGUGAUCAGAAUUUGUUCAGAAAGAUCACACCCAUCAGUUAGAUUAAACUUUUUUUUGUUUUUAAUCACUGGGAGAAUCUCAUUUAUCGGAAUCAUGAGCAGGAUUGUUGAGGUGUAGAGAGGAUCAGGUGAGUGAGUCAGGUACAGGACUGUUUUUUGUUCUUCAGAAUCUUUUAUAAAUGCAGCAGAGAUCAGAGAAAGCAGAGACUUAAUUUAAAGCUGCUACUUAUUACAGAACUUGCAAAAACUAAAAGCCACGUUUUGUUUGUUUUUUUGUUUUUCUUCCAUUUUAAGGAUACUGUGAUUUUAACAAGCCAAAAGAUUUCUCAAGUGUAAAAGCAGUGUUACUUUGACAGGUAAAACUUCAAUAAGCCUAUAAAUGAAAGGAAUAAUAAUAAAAAAAAAAAGUCGACUAGAACAGCGGUUUGUGUAACGACCUCUAAUGGUGACCGUAAACUGCAAAAGAAAGGAUUUUGACUCAAUAAUUAGCUUUGUCAUUUGUAGCAGCAUUUGCACUAUAAACCGACUGACAUCUGAUUAUUUUAUUUAUUUGCAGCCUUUUUAUGUGAAUUAUUGCCAAUUAUUUCAAUUGUUCCUCUUUUCUUACACUAAUCUCGUUUGUUAUGCAGAGCAGUAAAUUAAUGCAGCACUGAUGCAUGUGAAUAUUUUUAGCUUUUAGAUGCAAAUUCAACUUUCAGUCCUUGUUUUGAUUUUUAUUUGCCAAACAUUGUUCCAUCAGUUACCUGGAACCUGUGAGGCCUUAAACAGGUAAAGAUUAAACCGCUUCCUGCCCUCGAAUACGAGUUUUGCAGCAAAAAUAGAAAUUGAAUGGAAUUCUAACUUUAAGAAUUAUCUAUAUCUUUACUGGUAUAUAACAGGUUUUUUUUAUGUGGUUAUCAUUUCUUGUACUUUAAGGUCAAUUUUAUUAGGACCAAUAAUGUUUUAUUUGUACUUUAACUUAUAAAUUAAAUCUUUCACCUUUA